AAAUCAAUGAGUCGAAAUUACGAAGAGGGAAAGAAAAACGAAGAAGACGCAGACAAGUAAAUCGAGCGAAAGCCUCAGGAGUCAGGAGUCGCCUCCUCUUCCUCCCUCGCUGCAUCAUAGAUACGUACAAAUCUCGACCAGCUUACGCGUUCUCUAUAUAUCGUAUGAUUGCUAUGAUUGGGGUCUUUGAGAGAAUAAUUUUAGUUUCAUAGAUUCAGAGGAGGAGGGAUUACAUGUAUUGAGAGAAUAUUUGUUGUCUACCCUGCACAUAAAUUAUCACGCAGAUAGGUAAACGGUGAGAUGGCUUCGAUGAAGUUGGAAGGACCAUCCGCCCCAGCAAUUCGUCGGGACCCCUAUGAGGUAUUGAGUGUAUCGAGGGAUUCUACAGAUCAGGAGAUUAAAACGGCUUAUAGAAAGCUUGCUUUCAAGUAUCAUCCUGACAAAAAUGCUAGCAACCCUGAAGCUUCGGAACUUUUCAAGGAGGUUGCAUUUUCGUAUAGUAUUUUAUCCGACCCUGAGAAGAGAAGGCAAUAUGACAAUGAAGGGUUUGAGGCACUUGAGAAUGCUGGAAUGGAUAUGGAAAUUGACUUGUCCAAUCUGGGAACUGUUAAUACAGUUUUUGCAGCCUUAUUCAGCAAGCUGGGCGUUCCUAUCAAGACUACGAUUUCUGCUAAUGUUCUUGAAGAGGCUCUGAAUGGAACUGUCACCGUCAGACCCCUUCCUAUUGGAACAUCAGUCAGCGGAAAGGUAGAAAAGCAGUGUGCCCACUUCUUUGGUGUAACAAUAAAUGAGCAACAAGCUGAGUCAGGGAUUGUUGUGAGAGUAACUUCAACUUCUCAAAGCAAAUUUAAGCUACUUUAUUUUGAGCAUGAAGCUAAUGGUGGUUAUGGAUUGGCCUUACAGGUCCAACUGUGCAAACCUCAAACUUCAAAGCUAUUAUUGUCGGAGGAAAGUGAGAAGACUGGAAAAGUAACAUCUGCGGGGAUGUAUUUUUUACAUUUUCAAGUGUACAGAUUGGAUACAACUCUGAAUGCGUUGACAAUGGUUAAAGACCCCGAGACUGGCUUCUUUAAAAGGCUGGAAGGUCUUCAACCUUGUGAGGUUGCAGGACUAAAAGCUGGCACUCAUAUAUUUGCUGUCUAUGGAGAUAAUUUUUUUAAGACUGCUACAUACACAAUAGAGGCCCUUUGUGCAAAAUCAUAUGAGGAAUCCACCCAUAAGCUCCAGGAAAUUGAGGCUCAAAUUAUAAGAAAGCGAAGUGAGUUGCGCCAGUUUGAAACAGAAUACAGAAAGGCCUUGGCACGCUUUCAAGAAGUGACCAACAGAUAUAGCCAGGAAAAGCAAUCUGUUGAUGAACUGCUGAAAGAGAGAGAAGGUAUCCAUGCUUCAUUCAGUGUGUCGCGGAAUAUUGGUGGAAGUGGAAGUAAUUUAAGCAACGGAAGCAGUAGUAAAAUUCCUGGUGAAGAUUCAAAUGUUGAAAGUCCCGGGGAAGAUGGAGACUCAGAUGGGAAGGAAAAAUCAGCAAAAAAGAAAUGGUUUAACUUGAACCUUAAAGGAUCUGAUAAAAAGCCUGCAUGACAAGGUGUUUAGAUAAAUUUUUGUAUCUUUAUAGAAGUUGUGAAAAUAUUUCAUAUCAUUCCAAUUCCUUGAGAGCCACUGAUUACCCCCCAAAAACUUGCCAUGUGUAUUAUUUAUCUUACCUCUCUUUGAUGGGAGUUCUUUUCAAGGUCUUUAGAAUCGGCAUGUGUUGCGGGAAUCCAGUUCAGUAUGAUAUUACAGAAUUUGGAGGUACGUGUACAUAUAGUUUCUUCCAUUUUUUCGUUGAUUGUGUAUCAUCUUCUUAGAUCUUGUGGAAACCUGAACUGGCUGAACAUAUACUGGUGUGGCAGUGUAAUAAACUGUUAUUCAUUUCAUUUGAUUUUUUCAAAAAAAAAAUUUUACAAUAUUUGCAGA